AUGCAACACGAAAAAAACACUGCUGGAACAGCAAGUUUUAGUGCAACACCAAUUACGUAUAACGCGUUUGUUCAACAAGCGCAAUCAUCUAGUGGCAGUACUCUGUUACCAAAUCGUUUAGUACAUUCUAAAUCUUCUGAGUUAUUGAAUACAUCAGGAGAAGUUUCUGAAUCAGUACAAAAAGAAUCUUUACCACAGCAACAAUUACAACAAUCUAACGAUGCAACUCAGCAAUUAAUCGCACAUUUAACUUCAAAUCUUAGCAGUAAUCAACAAAUUGCACAUAUGGUAACACCUCAGCAAAUUUAUAUUGCAGCUGCUGAAGAAGCGAAAUUAUUAGAAACGAGAAAACAACUUUUUCAAGGACUUCAACAACAACUUAGUAACAACAAAGUUGGCACUUCCUCUAAUGGUAGUACAGCUAAUGCCGCUGUUGCUGCACAAUUUUGGCUACAACAACAACUGCAACAGCAGCAACAGCAGAUGACUAGCAAAACAAGUGGAAAUCAAUCUCAGCAAGGGACGAAUCUAAUACCUGGAUCUCAAGAACUCUCAUUCUUGACCUCUGAGCAAAAGCUCUUAGCAGCUGAACUCCGAUUAGCUGCAGAGCAACGUGAAUCUUUGGCAUUGUUAGAUUCUAAAACAUCAGCAAUACAUACUCAGUCAUCAACAUUAGUACUUGGUGCUGAUGGAUCAAGCGCUUUUCGUCAUCCUCAACGGCAAUAUCUUGUAGAUCAGCAGCAAAUCACAGAGAAUCAAGUAUAUCAUGAAGCUACAGCAGAAAAUAUGUUAGAUAACAGUAGUACAUCAACUUUUGUAACAUCUUCAGCUUCUGCAUCCAUUCAUGUACCUUCUUUACCGAGAAAUAGUCAUGUAACAUGCAUCGAAAUUGAAAAUCAUAAUGAUGGAGUGAAUGAUGCAUGGAUGGAACCAAAACUCGUUACUGAUGAUGUGGAGAUGACAAGUGAAAAAUAUGAAUCUAUGGAAACAAUGAGCCAGUCUAAAUCACCCAAUACAAAUAGUAAGGAGGAAAAAAAUGUUACUCAACAAGCAUUACUAACUACCGAAAAUGCCAGUGGAAUCAUCGGGAUUUCCUCGUAUACAGCUAAGUUUGGUGCGGUUAUAGUCAGUACAACAGAUGAUGCUACAGUAAUGGAAAAGAAUAGCAUUUGUAAUGAACAGCCAAGAAUGAAAUCUAUUUUGGAUUUUGUUCAUGGGGACGAAAUGGAAGUGGAUGUCUCUAAGAAAGAAAGCGAUGUAGAAGAAAACGAAACAGUUGGAAAACCAGCGUCGUCUACUGGUGAUGGAACGGAGAAUGGAAUAGCAGAAGAUACAGAUGACGGACUUGUGAUAGAAACAUCAGAAACAGACUCGGGAACUCCGUUAGAGCAAACGCGAUUUGCUGCUAUGAGAAUUGAAGAACGUAUCUUGAACGAGAAAUUGGGUCUUCUAACAACAUCAUCAACGACCACAUCAAGUUCCGUGAUCAGCAAUUCACCGCAGCGUUCUACACCUCAGUCAGUACCUCCAGCACCAAGUCCUCGUUCCGACUCUGUCCCUAGCACUCCAAGUUCAUCAUCCUUUUGCCGUGCUCCUGGUCUUGGACCUGUUCAAUCAGCUGAUGUAAAUGCACCUUCUGGGGUCCCAUUUCCACUUGUUUGCAAUAUUUGCGGAUUUUCGUGUAAUUCAAAAUUUCAUUACAAUUCUCAUAUGAAUACACAUGGGGAUCAUCAAUGCACAAUGUGUGAUUACACAUCGCGUACAGAAGGGCGUUUAAAAAAGCAUAUGCGUGAUUCACACACAGUAGAAGAGCAGCUUGCUGCAGGAUUAGAUGUGGAACAAGUAUUAGCAUCUGGCGUUACCCCUACAUCAAAUGCAUCAACAACUCGAGUAUCUGUUGAUGGCAGCUUUCUUUCAACUUCUAUGGCUUCUGUUUUAGAAGCAGCAAAUCUUGCUGCAGCUGCACAAGCAGCAGCACACGCUGCAGCAGCAGUUGCUGCAAGUUCAUCUUCUGGUUCAAGUAACGCUCCACUUACAACAUCAGCACCAAGUGACUCUGGAAGUGGACUCAGCCUACCAUCAGCUUCUGAAACUCCUCCAUCAAAUGAUACUGUUGCUUCUUCUUCUUCUCCUUCAGGUCUUGCAGCAUCAUCAGCUAUCGGAACGAUUCCACCAUCAGCUUUAGAUCAAAUCCGUGCUUUCACUGAAAAUCCUAGCGUCUUGCCAGAUCUCUCAUCAGCAAGCUUAGCUACUGCACUUAUCUCUCAAAGUUUGCUUGGUUCUCAAGCAUUUCAAGAAAGCUUUAAAACUUUGAGUGAAAGCCAUGAACCGUCAACAAGUCCAGUAAAUGGCGAAAAACCUAAGCAGUGUUCCAGUAAGCCAAAAACGUACAAAUGCAAACAAUGCAAUCACGUUAGCGCAUCAAAAGAUGAACAGUGGACUCACGCACGUACUCAUAUUCCCGUUGAAAAACAACUUGGAUGUACUCGAUGUGGCUUUGUCACUGAGUACAAACAUCACCUGGAAUACCACCUGCGGAAUCAUAUGGGCUCUAAACCGUUCCAUUGUAAGAAAUGUGCCUAUUCAUGUGUGAAUAAGUCAAUGCUUAAUUCACACAUGAAAUCACAUACAAAUAUUUAUCAGUUUCGAUGCCGUGAUUGUACUUACGCUACAAAAUACUGUCAUAGCCUUAAAUUGCAUCUUAGAAAGUAUAAUCAUAAUCGAGCUACGGAUAUCAUCGAUUCAGCUGUAAGUAUUGCUGCAAAUGCUGCUGCAGCAGUUGCUGACAAUAGCAAUGAUCUUUGUGAUGGCUUAACGGACAGUGAUGACACGACUAUGCGACGUCUUAGCGAAUCGUUAACUUCUUCGCAGUCUGUUGGAGAUGAUCCAUCUCCUGAACCUCUUGCAACAACUUCAAAUAUAGCUCAAGAUAUCGGCUCUGCUCUCGGUAUGACAAAUGUAGUAACGAAUGAUUCCUUAAAUAUCGCAUCACAUCUCCUCUUGCGUCAACAACAUCAGAUGAAAGAAAUGGAACUAUUACUUCGAUUAAAAAAUAUGACUGGAAUUAAUCCGAAUGCUUUACUUGGCAUACCUUUGCAGUGCCCAGAAUGUGCAUAUCAAGCCAUUAGUCAUGAAGACAGUUUACGCCAUCAUCUUGGCCAUCUUAUCAGUGCUAAUACCGAGAAUUCACUUUUAUCAUUGUACAGUAUGUUCGGAAUGCCUUCACAAGUGUCACCAGUAGGCCUUCCUAAUCGCACGCAAUUUGCAACUAGUAGUAGUAAUAUUGGUGAACAAAUGGAACAGGUUGAUGAAGAAUCAGAAAUAUCAAAAGUUGAAGUUGAUGACUGUACUAGCAGUGGUGAAGUUGACGAAAAACCAAGCAUAGGUGGCGAUUCCGAAGAUCAUAUUAUGAGUGAUAUAUCAGGUGAAUCGCAAGAUUCUCCAAGUUCUGGCAAAAGCAGUAUUGAUGAAGGGUCGUCUAUUAUUGAAGCAGACAUUGAUAAAGGAGCGAAGAAACGGAAAGCUGGCUUGAAACUGAAUCAAAUUGCUGCGCGACUGCACGAAAAAAAUUCACCAGACAAUGCCCAUUAUUCAGAUGGAGUCAACGACACAAAAUGUGACGAGUCAUCAGCUUCCUCAGAUUUAAAAGAUCACGUAAGUGACGCUAGUGGGAAUUCCGUGAGUGUAGGAGCAGAUUCACAUGGAGCAGAAGCUGCAACAGCUUCACUGUCAGGCUUGCCUUCAUCCACAAGUUCUAUAGCAGCACCUCAACUUCGAGUGUUACCUCCGCUCGGAAUUCAUAAUGACUUAAUUAAUUUAAGCAAUUUGAAUAUUUUCCAGCAAGCAUGCAUCGCGCAUAUGCAAGACAUGGAACGUAAAUUACAUAUUUUGGAAUUGUGGCGUUUCUCAUGUGGACAUUGCAAAAUGGCGUUUCAAGAUGAACCACUGUAUCAUAUCCAUAUGGGAUAUCAUGGAUAUGAAAAUCCAUUUAAAUGUAAUCGUUGUGGGCAAGCGUGCUCAGAUUUCUUAACCUUUAACCUUCAUUUGCUACAAGCUAAGCACUGA